GAAACCCAUACAUCCACAGACCAACCGCAGCUAGUUAGCAGACAAUAUAAACACUGACACAUCUUUGGGGAGACUGGGCUAUGUUGACGGUUUAGCUUCAGUUUUUCUUUGCCGCCGUUUAUUGGACAAUAACUACAAGAUGCGGUUGCUUGGCUGAAUGUGUUAUGCUCCACCAUGUUUGUUUGGAUCUCGGAUUUACUAAGGCCUUGAAGUUGCCCUGCUAACGAAUGCCCAUGAUUCAGCUGGAGAAACCGGUGCUGACUGGUAGCAUGCCGGUGGUAUGGCCCACCAUCCUUGACCUGGGCAGGGAUGAAUGCAAAAGAAUUCUCCGUAAACUGGAGCUGGAGGCUUAUGCUGGGGUUAUAAGCGCCCUGCGAGCCCAAGGAGACCUGACAAAGGACAAGAAGGAUCUCCUAGGAGAACUCACUAAAAUCCUUGGUAUCUCAACUGAGCGCCAUCGUGCAGAAGUCCGCAGGGCUGUCAAUGAUGAACGCCUCACCACCAUUGCAUAUCACAUGUCAGGUCCGAACAGCUCGUCUGAAUGGUCCAUUGAAGGACGCCGGCUCGUUCCCUUGAUGCCGAGGCUGGUCCCUCAGACAGCAUUUACUGUCACUGCUAAUGCUGUGGCCAGUGCCACAGCCAAUCAGAAUGCCUCCCUUCUGUUGCCAGCCGAAACAGGAAACAAAGAAGUGGUUGUGUGUUACUCCUACACAAGCACCACCUGCACCUCCACCAGCGCUACAGCGACCAGCGGCGCUAUAGGAGCAACAGUGAAAUCCCCCCGACCACCCAGCCCCUCAUCCAACGUGGUGGUGCUGCCCAGCGGGAGCACUGUCUAUGUGAAAAGUGUAAGUUGUUCGGAUGAAGACGAGAAGCCUCGCAAGCGAAGGCGGACCAACUCGUCCAGCUCGUCGCCGGUGAUGCUGAAGGAGGUUUCUAAGCUGUCCCCGCCGGUAUCCAAGAACAUCACGGUGCCAGUGAGUGGCAGCCCCAAGAUGAGCAACAUAAUGCAAAGCAUCGCGAACUCCCUGCCGCCCCACCUGUCCCCCGUCAAGAUCACCUUCACCAAGCCCACCAUCCAGACCACCAGUACCACCACACAGAAGGUGAUCAUUGUGACAACGUCUCCGAGCUCCAACUUUGUGCCCAAUAUCCUGUCCAAGUCUCAUGCCCACAACAACGCCGCUGUGUCCAAGCUGGGCUCCACCUCCGUGCUGACCACACCCACCCAGAAACAGACCGUGGUGUUUCCCGCCAGCUCGAGCCCUUCCACCAACCCCAACACCAUCGCUGUGACCACAGUGGUCUCCUCUACUCCCUCAGUGGUCAUGUCAACUAUGGCGCCUUGCGGUGCUUCAGCUGGAGUGAAGGUCGCUUCAGCCCGACUUCCUUCGCCUAAGACGCUGGUGGGCUCACCCGCUCAAAUCCUGGCCCAGUUCCCAAAACAGCAGUCACCCAAACAGCUGCAGCAGAGCUCACCUUUGGGAGCCACAAGUGUCGGCCAGAACCAGACCACCACCACCUCACCUGGAACCAAGCCCACCAUUCAGAUCAAACAAGAGUCUGGAGUGAAGAUUAUCACUCAGCAGGUUCAGCCCAGCAAAAUCCUACCCAAGCCUUCAUCAGUGGCUUUGUCCAGCAGCAGCUCCUCUCCCAUCAUGGUCGUCAGUAGCAACGGAGCCAUCAUGACCACCAAACUGGUCACUCAGCCCACAGCUACUCAGGCCACCUACACAAGACCCACUGUUAGCCCCAGCAUCGGCGCCAGAAUAUCAGCUUCCAGUGGCGGGACCACCUACGUGAAGACCACCAGCGGCAGCAUCAUCACUGUUGUGCCCAAGUCACUGGCCACUCUGGGUGGGAAAAUCAUCAGCAGCAACAUCGUGUCUGGCACGACAACAAAGAUCACCACCAUCCCCAUGACCUCCAAGCCAAAUGUCAUCGUGGUACAGAAAACAACAGGAAAGGGAGCGACCAUCCAAGGACUGCCCGGCAAGAAUGUGGUCACUACGCUUUUAAAUGCUGGGGGUGAGAAGAGUUUACAGGCUGUGCAGGGGACCAAACCAGCAAUCAUCACCGCCUCCAGGCCCAUUACCAAGAUGAUUGUCACCCAGCCCAAAGGCUUGAGCUCUGGGUCCCAGUCCACUGCCACCAAGAUCAUCCCGACCAAGAUCGUCUACGGCCAGCAGGGCAAGACACAGGUUCUCAUCAAGCCUAAGCCAGUUUUCCAGACAGCGGUGGUGAGCGAACAGACCAGGCAGCUGGUCACAGAGACGCUGCAGCAGGUGACCCGCUCUGCAGACGUGGGUCAGGGUCAGACCCCCGGCUCGGACGGGUCCACAAAGGACGAGGUCGCCAGCUUCACGGAGACUAGCAGCCUAGCCGUUGAGGCCUCCCAUGGAAGCACUCAAGAACCGCAGCCUGUUGUGCAUGUGGUGUCCUCCAGAGAGCAGGAUUGGACUGAGCAGGAAGUAGCUGUAGAGUCCAGCCCCACUAUUAUCUAUCAGGAGGUGUCUGGCGGUGAAUCCCAGUCUGCGGCCUCCACCAUCAAAGCCCUGCUGGAGUUGCAGCAGACGACUGUUAAGGAGAAGGGAGAGUCCAAACCGAGGCAGCACACGAUUGACCUGAGCCAAAUGGCCGUGCCCAUCCAUCUGGCCCAGGAGAAGAAGCCCAGCCCGGAGUCCCCCAGACCCUCCACCUCAGAGGCUGAACCCAGCACUGAGUACAACACAGCCAGUAAAGUCAGCAGAGUUGGAGUGUCCUCAGAGGACAAUGAUGUGGUCAUGUCCUCCAGUCAGCAGCUGGUGAAGCCCUACAAACCCGCUGCCGUCUCCUCUGCAGCUUCAGCUUCACACCUCAGCCACGUGCCCUCUGAGAGCCAUGGGAAAACUGAGACCGUGUUAGAGGUGGGCGAGCUGGAAGGCGACACCUUGGACCCCCAGACGGGCUUGUUCUACCGCUCCACCCAUCCAGCUGCUGAACCCGUAAAGCAAACCACCCACUCCGCGGGCGCUCAGCCACCGCCUUUGAGCCAGGCCGAGGCCGAGCAGAGUCGGCAGAGCUCCACCUCCACCUCCACCUCCACCCAGGCACUGCCACCACCACAACUGCAGAGCAAACCUCAGAUCAGCCAGCCUUCCUCCUCCUCCACCGCCUUCCCUUCCACUCCUCCUAUGACUAAGAAACUGCCUAAACUACGAGAGCAGAGUCAACCCAAGCCCCAGACCUUAACCCAGAUCCCCAAAGACAGACCCAUGACUGCACCAGCCCAGGCCGGGGCAAAGGUCACGACCCCGGGCACACCAACCAAGCACCUGGUGACGCCGCAGCUCCCAAAGCUCCAGCAAGCACCCACGUCCCACCACAGGCCCAUGCACACAUCCAUGUCGCACCCUCCUCCUCUGCAGGCGCACCACCCUGUCAGCACUGAAAAGACUGCAUCCAGCCAGCAGCCAAUCAUCACGCAGAGCGCUACCGUCACCAAGAUCACCUUCGGCAGCUCUCAUCAUUCAUCGCCGGUCUUCAGCAGCGGCGAGGCAACCGCCAAGCUGAUCCCGGAGUCCAGCUCCGGGCCUUCGGGAGACAAGCCCUCGGUGUCGGACAUCCUGAAGAUCUCCAUGAUGGAGGCGGAGAUCGACCCGAGCACAGAGCCAAUGGUGGUGGAUUCCUCCAGCGACUGCGGCCCUCUGGGGAAAGCCCUGGAGGUCCAGGCCGUGUCAGGCACACUGGAUUCUGGCCAGUUCAUCAGUAGCUCCGGGACCACCAUACAUCAUUCCCACACGAAGCCCCAGCAGUUCAGCUGCAUGCAGGGCCUCACUGCACAGAGGAGCAAAGAAGACCUGGAGGUAAUUGAGGUGAUUCCUCAGUACUCCAUCUUGCCGGACUCCAGCCAGUCCAACGUGGUGGUGGAGCCCAGCGGCUUCCUGGAGAUCACCAACUACACCAGCCAGCAGCUGGAGGAGGACAGCCCCAUGGAGCAGGAGGUGGACAGCAGCAACGACGAGGCCACAGCAGCCAGCCCCCCCGACCAGCCGUAGUCAGCCCGUGCCGGAGACACUGAUGGGAGCGGAGCAGAUUUGGAUUCGAACAAGCAGACGUAACGAUUUCCUUGAGGCCUCGGACCCAGUGGACAGAGACUUCCUGGUGGUUUUUUAUAGUGCAAGAGCAAGGAUGUUUUUAGUUGUGUAAAAUAUUAGUUUGUUCAUAAUAAACCUAGAAUUUUUUCUUUUUUCUCCCCACAACUAAUGGCACAUGUGGUUUUUAUUGCCAACAAGGAGUGCUGGAUGUAAAAUGUGGGAGUGAGGUGAAAGCAUUUGUUUUAGUCUAGUCCCAGACAUUUGGACAGCCGCCUCUCAAAACAUACUCAACUCUUCUAGUAUAUUUACAUUGUCACUUGCAGGACUUUGCAAAACAUUGACACGUUUAUGAAACGGAUUAUUUGGAAAUUUGGGGUACUGUGCCUUGUGCCACUGUGCUUCGUUUCAAAGAUACACUCCCUGUUUUUACAGUCCUACGGUUAUUUUUGGGGUUGUCCAGAGUGUAUCAAAUACAUGUGUCCCAGUAACUUCAGUAACACGGAUUUUUUUACAGAGUGAUUCUCCUGUUAUAUAUACGGACAUCUCCUUUUUGAUGAACUUUUUGUUUUGCUUUUGACCGACUUUGUAACAGUAAAAUCUCCAACACCUAUGAUUUAUGGGUUUAAGUUUUCAGAAGAGAGAACAAAGCUGGAACGGAUUGAAUUGCUGCGCGGAACAUAAAGCAGAACCGCAAAAGAGUCCGGGAGGAAGGAUCUAGUCCAAACAUAUGUGUUACUGCUCAUUGUAAGUGUAAUGUAAAAAGAAACGAAACAAAACAAAAAACACUGAAUUAAGCUAUGUACCUUUUCUGUAAGAUAUAUUCUGGAGUUCAAGAAGUUGCUGUGAGAAUCUCACUAAUAAUGCAUUUGCAUAGUGUGUUUAAACUAUGCAUUUCUUUUAUACCUUUUCAAUCUAGAUGACUAGU